UGCGCAGGCCGGGGUGGCGGCGCGAGCUGCGGUCCCCGCGCAGGCUGCGCCCCGCGCUCCCGCCCUCGACCGCUUCCCCGGCUCCUCCCUCCUCGCGAGCUUCUCCCCGGCGGCCGCGCGGGCGGGAGGCAGAGAUGGCAGAUGAGAUCGCUAAGGCUCAGGUCGCCCAGCCCGGCGGCGACACCAUCUUCGGGAAGAUCAUCCGCAAGGAAAUCCCGGCCAAAAUCAUUUAUGAGGAUGACCAGUGUCUUGCUUUCCACGACAUUUCCCCUCAAGCACCAAUACAUUUUCUGGUGAUACCCAAGAAACCAAUAACCCAGAUUUCUGCAGCUGAAGAUGAAGAUGAAAAGCUUCUUGGACAUUUGAUGAUUGUUGGCAAGAAAUGUGCUGCUGAGCAGGGUCUAAAGAAGGGUUACCGGAUGGUGGUGAAUAACGGUUCAGAUGGAGGACAGACUGUCUAUCAUAUUCAUCUUCAUGUUCUCGGAGGUCGGCAGAUGAAUUGGCCUCCUGGUUAAGCACAUUUUAGAAAUAGUUUACCUUCUCUGGCAAUACAAGCUAGCAAGUUCCAAUGUUUCAAUUAUUAGUAUGCUUAGUUUUGCCUGUCGUGGAAUAAGAAAAUGAUGUUAAAAAUUCACAUGUAAUAAAAACCAUUGCUGAA